CAGAAACAAACGCUUGCAGAAACAAACAGUGACACAAACCCGUUUACGGAGAAAAAGCACGAGCUCCCCGCCUGUUCCCAAGUCGCUGUCCAUUCCAGCCGCGCACUUGCACCCAGAUAAGCGUGUGUGAUGAACGGAGACUCAGGUGCAGGGGUGGUGACGGCCCCCCCGCCCACAAACCCUCCUCACAAAGAGCGAUAUUUCGACCGAGUAGAUGAGAGCAGCCCGGAGUACCAGAGGGAGAGAAACAUGGCUCCAGACCUGCGGCAGGACUUCAACAUGAUGGAGCAGCGCAAGAGAGUCUCCAUGAUCCUGCAGAGUCCCGCUUUCUGUGAUGAGCUGGAGUCUCUGAUCCAGGAUCAGAUGAAGAAAGGCAAAACUCCCACCAGUUUGCUUGCCCUGCAGCAGAUCGCCGACUUCAUGACCACCAGCGUUCCCACCAUGUACCCCGCGGCCCCACAGGGAGGAAUGGCGGCCCUCAACAUGAGUUUGGGGAUGGUGACUCCAGUGAAUGAUCUGAGAGGUUCAGACUCCAUCGCUUAUGAGAAAGGGGAGAAGCUCCUGCGCUGUAAACUCGCUGCUUUUUACCGUCUGGCGGAUCUUUUCGGCUGGUCUCAGCUCAUCUACAACCACCUGACUGUCCGGCUGAACUCUGAACAGGAGCGUUUUCUGAUUGUCCCUUUUGGGCUCCUGUACAGUGAAGUCACUGCCUCGAGUCUGGUGAAGAUUAAUCUGCAGGGGGAGAUUGUGGACAGAGGCAGCACUAAUCUGGGUGUAAAUCAGGCUGGAUUCACCCUCCACUCCGCCAUCUACGCUGCCCGGCCUGAUGUCAAAUGCAUUGUGCAUAUUCACACACCCGCUGGCGCUGCGGUGUCUGCUAUGAAGUGUGGUCUGCUGCCUAUUUCACCUGAGGCUCUGUCACUGGGAGAGGUGGCGUACCAUGAUUACCAUGGUAUACUGGUGGACGAGGAGGAGAACGUGCUCAUACAGAAGAACCUGGGUCCCAAGAGCAAGGUGUUGAUUUUAAGGAAUCACGGCCUGGUGUCUGUUGGCGAAACUGUGGAAGAGGCUUUUUACUACAUUCAUAACCUGGUCACAGCCUGCGAGAUUCAGGUCCGCACUCUUGCCAGUGCUGGUGGUCCUGAUAACCUGGUUAUGCUGGACCCAAGCAAGUAUAAAUCCCGUCCUCGCCACCUAGAGCCAGCAGGAGACGGGUCGAGCUCGCACCCGAAGUGGCAGAUCGGGGAGCAGGAGUUUGAGGCUCUGAUGAGGAUGCUGGAUAAUCUGGGCUACAGGACUGGCUAUCCGUAUCGUUGCCCGGCGCUGCGUGAUAAAACUAAAAAGUACAGUGAUGUUGAGAUUCCCCCGUCAGCCACGGGAUACUCGUACGCAGAGGACAGUGACUCGGGUGCUCGCUCCCCGUUAAAGCACAGUUUUCAGCGGCAGCAGCGGGACAAGACCCGCUGGCUGGCUGCAGGACGGCCCGACGAAUCGGCUGAGGAUGGGCAGGAUGGCAGCGGUAGCCCCAAGGCGAAGACUAAGGUGUGGACGAACAUAACACACGAUCACGUCAAACCCUUGCUGCAGUCUCUCUCGUCCGGUGUCUGCGUGCCAAGCUGUAUUACCAACUGCUUGUGGACUAAGGAGGAAAGUCUGCGACAGGCUGCUGUGGCCAAUCAGUUUGUCCCACUGAACACCAACCCGAAAGAAGUCCAAGAGAUGCGCAACAAGAUCCGUGAGCAGAAUCUGCAGGAUAAAAAGACGGCAGGUCCGCAGUCUCAGGUGCUCACAGGUGCUGUUGUUGACCGUUCAUUUGUCCAGGGGGAGCUUGUGACCGCAUCCAAAGCCAUCAUUGAGAAAGAGUAUCAACCGCGUGUGAUCGUCAGUAAAACUGGACCAAACCCCUUUAACAAGCUGACGGACCAGGAGCUGGAGGAGUACCGCAAAGAGGUGGAGCUCAAGCAGAAAGGAGGAGAAGACGAAGGUCAACCGCUGGAGGUUGAAGAAGGGAAAGUUCCCAGCAGCACCUGCACUCCGCCCAGCUCACCUGUGCGUGUGGAUGAAGAAGUGAAGCAGGAGCAGACAUUUAAAGAAGAAAGCGACGCCGCUACUUUAAGACAGACCCUCCCCGACCUGACCUCCGACGAAGCCUCUGAAGCCACUGCCCUCCCCUCAGAAGACCCCGCCCCUGGACAGACAGACUCCACCCCUCAGCCUGAAGGGGAGGAGCCUGUCGCUGGGGAUGAUGCAGCCGGCAGCGACGAAUCGCCCAACAAAUCCCCGUCAAAGAAGAAGAAGAAGUUUCGCACGCCGUCAUUCCUGAAGAAAAACAAGAAGAAAUCGGAGACGCAGUGAGGCAAAACCAGGCAAUACCUUUCAUUUUAAGCCCAUCUGUUUUUGUACUGUUCACAUUUAGCGUGUGGAUCUUUUUAUUAAAGGUUUUUAUUGAUUUAACAGUUGUUCAUUAAUGCUGAGGCGUUCAUCUGCUUUAUACACACAAGAAAAUCUCAAUCUGAAUAUUAAUAACCACUAAUGAUGUAUUGGGAAUGUCAUUGAAGAGUUGUUAAAUUAACAGCUUUGCUCUGCUGCAUGCUUCUGAUUUUUAGGAUCAAAUGUGCCGUCAGAUUUACAAUAAAAUAGGAGGCUAUAAACAGCUUAAAAUAACACAAAUAUGAUGAUCUGGAGUGAAACGCCUGAUGUAAUCUUGAGGAAAGCGUGUAAAAAUAUGCUUGCGGUAAUGUUCUGAUUGACUCGCGUUUAUUUUUGGAUGGAAAAUUCAGAUUUUUUGAAAAUAAACGUCGAGGAAUUUCAUGCUUUUGUCACAUUUCAGUCAAAAAUCAAACGUUUUUUUGUUUUCCUAAAAAAUAUUAUGACUUUUAUUGUGUCACUUCCAUAACAAACAUGCAUGAUCUUUAAUGCUAAAUUAUUAUUUUUUUAAUUGAGCAAUGUUCACGAUCUUUAAAGUAAAAAAAAAAAAAAA